AUGCUAUACAAAAGGCUAAUACGUCAGAAAUCACAAUUCAGCAAGGCCUCAGCCGCGCAACCCAGUUCAGUCCUAAGAUUUUUGUUUUCGAGGGGUAAUUUGUAUACCAAUCUUUUAGUGACAACACUCUACGGCACAGGUCUGGUAUGUUUAUACCUGGAAUCAAAUAGUUUGAAAAAGUCCAGAGGGAAACAAGACCCUCCUAUCAUCGAAAAAAAUGACAUUGUUGAAAUAGUCCAUGAUGCUCCCAAUAGAAUUUUUAAACCAGCACUUGAAACACAUGAGGAGAAAAUGCAGGGUCUACACAGAAGUGACUUCUAUAAAGUAGUUCAUUCUUUGACGUACAGUGAUGUCUCACAAUUUUCAAUUGUUUGGGGAUUUCUCAUCCAAUUAUCGAGUUUCAUCGGUAGUUUCUCCUUAGGUAAAAAAUCUAUGUUCCAUAAGGGAAGUCUUGUUGGAGUUGUAGGGUUUCCGCCAUUGAUAUUUUUUGCCCUUCGACUUAGAAUGAAGCAACUGGAAAACGCUGGAGUGCGCUUUGAAUAA